CAGCGACAGCAGCUGUACAACACGAGGUUUUCAGCCUGUUUGGAACACCAAGUUUAGUGGAGCCCGUGGAGCCCAGGCCCAGAGUUGUUUUGAUCUCCAAAAUGCCAGGAAAAUCACUCGUCUUGAGGGCGAAUUCCUCAGAUCCACCGCUCGGAGGAAUCCUGACGGCUGCUUUGGUCAAGAGUAGUCACCAGGUCAAAGUGGAAUAUUCAGGCGAAACCAGUCUUCAACUUCCUGAUGGCUUUGUGUUGGACACUAGUUCCACCAUAAGCAGAUACUUGGCCAGGAUCACGCCUGGGUGCAUCCUCUAUGGAAACAGUGCAAUUGAGAGAUCUGAAGUUGACCACUGGCUGACCUUCAGUCAAGACCUGACUUCUGGAGAUUACGAGACUGGUCUGAAAGAUCUGGACCAGUGCCUAUCUCUGAACACUUACCUGGUUGGGCAUUCCAUAACAAUUGCUGAUCUUUGCGUUUGGGGCGCUCUUUACUAUCACAGGAGCUUUGAUGAAUUAAAGGCUCCUCAAAAUGUUGCUCGUUGGUUCAAACUUGUGAAGUCGUUGAGUGAGCUGCAAGAUGUGCUCCCCACCUUGCCUGACAAGAGUCGCAUAUCACGGGCUGGCUCUGAGAAACCUACUGGUAGGAAAGAGGAAGGAAAAUUCAUCGAUCUUCCUGGAGCAGAAAUGGGCAAAGUGGUUGUUAGAUUUCCACCUGAAGCCAGUGGCUAUUUGCACAUUGGCCAUGCUAAAGCUGCUCUCCUGAACCAGUACUACCAAGAGGCGUUCAAAGGAAAACUUGUCAUGCGCUUUGACGACACCAAUCCUGCCAAGGAGAAAGUGGAUUUUGAGAAGGUCAUCUUGGGAGAUCUGGAGAUGUUGCAGGUUAAGCCAGACGUGUACACCUACACAUCAGACUACUUUGAAUUGAUGCUUAAAAUGUGCGAGGACAUGAUUAAACAAGGCAAGGCUUACGUCGACGACACUGACCCUGAAGUGAUGAAAUCUGAGCGGGAGCAACGCACUGAGUCAAAAAACAGGAGCAACAGCAAUGAGAAGAACUUAAAAAUGUGGGAAGAGAUGAAGAAGGCCACGGAAUAUGGCCAGAAGUGUUGCGUCCGAGCCAAAAUUGACAUGCAGUCUGCCAAUGGCUGCAUGAGAGAUCCCACGAUUUACCGCUGCAAGAGCGAGCCUCAUCCCCGCACUGGAACCAAAUACAAGGUUUACCCAACCUACGAUUUUGCCUGUCCAAUCGUGGACAGCAUUGAGGGUGUGACCCACGCCCUGAGAACAUUGGAGUACCAUGAUCGAGACGACCAGUUUUACUGGUUCAUCGAAGCUCUUGGUCUCAGGAAGCCUUACAUUUGGGAGUACAGCCGGCUCAACAUGACCAAUACCGUUUUGUCCAAGCGAAAACUCACCUGGUUUGUCGACAAUGGCUAUGUUGAUGGAUGGGAUGAUCCGAGGUUCCCAACAGUUCGCGGUGUUCUCCGGAGAGGAAUGACUGUGGAAGGAUUGAAACAGUUCAUCAUCAGCCAAGGCUCUUCUCGCGCGGUCACCAUGAUGGAGUGGGACAAAAUUUGGGCGUUCAACAAGAAAGUCAUCGACCCUGUAGCUCCUCGCUUCACCGCACUGGAGGAAGACCGUCCUGUCACUGUGAACGUGAAGGGUAUCAGGGAAGAAGCCCUGACUGUGGCCAAGCACCCUAAAGACCCGGCUGUUGGUAACAAAACGGUUUGGGUUGGACCCAAGGUUCUCAUUGACAGGGUGGACGCCGAGACCCUGAAGGAAGGAGAAAAUACAACCUUCAUCAACUGGGGCAAUAUCCUCAUCAAAAAGAUCAACAGGUCCAAUGGAGAGAUCACGUCAGUCGAUGCAGAGCCCAAUCUGGAAAACAAGGACUACAAGAAAACUCUGAAAAUCACUUGGCUGGCAGACACCCCUAAGGGGAAGACCAUUCCUUGCGCUUGCGUGUAUUUUGAGCACAUUAUUAGCAAGGCUGUCCUGGGCAAAGAUGAAGAUUUCAAGGAUUAUAUCGGCCAUGAUACAAGGAAUGAUGUUAUGAUGCUUGGAGAUCCUGAAUUAGUCAAUGUGAAAAAGGGGGAUAUCAUUCAGCUCCAGAGGAGAGGCUUCUUCAUUUGUGACAAAGCAUACGAGCCAACUAGCGUGUAUUCUGCCAAGGAUAGUCCCAUUGUUCUCUUCUCCAUUCCUGACGGCCACACCAAGAACAUGCCAUCGACAGGACUUCCAAAGAAACCACAAGAAAUUAGCACAAAGGAGAAGUUGCAGUCAGCAAAGGGGAAAGCAGCUGAAAAGUCCCCUCAAGAAGAGCAGAAGCCUGCACCCUCUACUGGCAACGAGGCGGCAGCUAUUGACAGUACUAUCAAGCAGCAAGGGGACAGAGUCCGGCAGUUAAAGUCUGAGAAGGCAUCAAAGGAGGCUAUUGGAGUGGAGGUAAAGAAGCUGCUGGAACUCAAAGAGAAGUUCAAAGGCGUCACUGGACUUGACUGGAAACCAGACAUCAAGCUCCCAUCCGCUGAGCCAGCAGCACCUGUUGUCAGCUCCAGCGAAUCCGACAUAAGUGCGAAGAUCGCGGAGCAGGGGGAAAAGGUUCGCAAAAUCAAGGGUGAGAAAGCUCCCAAGGACCAGAUAGACGCUGAGGUCAAGGUCCUCUUGGCACUGAAAGCAGAAUACAAAGCUGCUACUGGCACGGACUGGAAACCAGGCGCAAAUCCUCCUACUGCCGCAGCCAAACCAGAGCCAAAAGCCACAGCCAGUGCAGCUGAUAUCAAUGCCCAAAUUGUUGACCAAGGCAACAAAGUCAGAGACCUAAAAAGUCAGAAAGCACCAAAGGACGCGAUCGACUCCGCAGUGAAAGUAUUAUUGGAGCUGAAAAGCAGCUACAAGAACGCGACAGGUACUGACUGGAAGCCAGGAGUGCAAGUAGCUGCACCUGCUCCCAAAUCUGAAGCACCAGCUGCCGCGUCAGCGCCUGACAACAAGUCUGUGGACUCUGUUUUGUCAGAAAUCGCAAAGCAAGGUGACAAAAUCCGCCAGCUGAAGGCUGACAAAGCUGCGAAGAACGUAAUCACCGGUGAAGUGAAAACUUUACUGAGUCUGAAGUCGCAAUACAAGGAGCUGACUGGCCAAGACUGGGAACCAGGCGCAACCGCUCCUAAAGUUGAAGUCCAGACACCAGAAGCGCCAACAAUGGCUGAUCCUGGCAGUGACUUGGCAGAGCAGAUCAACAAGCAGGGUGACAAAGUGAGGGAGCUGAAGGGCAAGUCUGCGCCUAAGGAUGAUGUGGACAAAGAGGUGAAAGUUCUGUUAGACCUGAAGGCGCAGUACAAAGCAGCCACCGGAAAAGAUUUCCAGCCUGCCAACGCUGCUCCAAGGCAAGGAGGAGGCAAGAACAAAGAGAACAAACCAAAGCAAGCGCCCAAGAAGCAAGCUCCAAAAGAGAAGCCAGCCGAGGCUGAUGAUGCACAAGGUGGUUUGAAGAAGCAGACCAGAUUGGGACUGGAGGCAAAGAAGGAAGAAAACCUGUCUGACUGGUACUCGCAGGUCAUCACCAAAGGAGAAAUGAUAGAGUACUACGACGUCAGUGGCUGCUACAUCCUCCGGCCCUGGUCUUAUGCUGUUUGGGAAUCAGUGCAGCGGUGGUUCGAUGCUGAGAUCAAGAAGCUUGGAGUGCAGAACAGCUACUUCCCAAUUUUUGUCUCCAAGAGCGUUCUGGAGAAGGAGAAAACUCACAUUGCUGACUUUGCCCCUGAGGUUGCUUGGGUAACCAAGUCCGGAGACACAGAUUUGGCUGAGCCCAUUGCAGUGAGACCAACUAGUGAGACUGUCAUGUACCCAGCCUAUGCCAAGUGGGUACAAUCGCACAGGGACUUGCCCAUCAAGCUGAACCAGUGGAACAAUGUUGUGAGGUGGGAGUUCAAGCACCCUCAGCCAUUCCUCCGCACUCGCGAGUUCCUCUGGCAGGAAGGUCACACUGCUUACGCCUACCAAAAGGAAGCCGUGGAAGAAGUUUACCAAAUCCUCGACCUCUAUGCUGAGGUGUACCAAGGUCUGAUGGCCAUCCCCGUGGUGAAGGGAAGAAAAACCGAAAAAGAGAAGUUUGCUGGUGGUGACUUCACUACCACCGUUGAGGCGUUUGUGUCCGCCAGUGGUAGAGGCAUCCAGGGUGCUACAUCUCAUCACUUGGGCCAAAACUUCUCAAAAAUGUUUGACAUCGUAUUUGAAGACCCAGAGACAAAAGAUAAGAAAUUCGUGUUCCAAAACUCAUGGGGCAUCACAACUCGAACGAUCGGUGUCAUGAUCAUGGUCCAUUCUGACAACCAAGGAUUGGUUCUGCCACCCAGAGUCGCUUGCGUCCAGAUUGUGAUUGUACCUUGUGGAAUCACCGCCAGCAUGAAGGACGAAGACCGCAAAACCUUGAUCGAUUCGUGUCAGGAGCUGGAAAAGGGCCUGGUCGACGUCCAGGUGAAGGUGAAGGGAGACUACCGAGACAACUACUCUCCUGGCUGGAAAUUCAAUCACUGGGAGCUGAAGGGUGUACCCAUUCGAGUUGAGCUCGGGCCGAAAGAUUUGAAGCAGGGCCAGCUUGUAGCUGUCCGACGAGACACUGGCGAGAAAAUAACCAUCCAAAGAGCGACUGCUGUUGAGGAAUUGAAAAGUCUGUUGGACACCAUUCACCAGAGUAUGCUGGACAAGGCCACCAAAGACCUCAAGGACCACACAAAGCUCUGCAAAAAAUGGGACGAUUUUUGCAAGCAACUGGAAGGCAAAAAUAUCAUUCUGGCCCCAUUCUGUGGCGACAUUCCGUGCGAGGACAGCAUUAAGAAAGACAGUGCCAGAGAGGAGGGCGAAGGUGCCGAACCUGGAGCUCCUGCUAUGGGCGCCAAAGGUCUUUGCAUUCCCUUUGACCAGCCUGCUGAGAUUUCUGCUGCAGACAAAUGCAUCUAUCCAUCCUGCAAGAACAAGCCCAAAUACUACACUCUCUUUGGAAGGAGUUACUAAAUUAUUCCGCUCUUUACUUUGAACUGAUAGGGAUGCGAAAUAAUAAGUAAAAUUCCAAAACAUGA